CGAGUAUAAAGGCAAUCUGCGGUCUGUCUUUCCGCUGAACCGCUCGGGGUGAUGUAUAGGGCUUGGUUCGACACCCGCUGAGCUGGUGCGAUUCAUAGGUUUAGAGCUGGCACGCCCCACUUGUCCUCCGGGUACUUUGGGCUGCAGGUCCCAUCACUCGCAGUCAAGAAAUCUCCGCCGGCUGCAGAGCCUAAGGAUCUGCCGCCGCCCAGUUCUGGGGAUCCCCCAUUGGAGAUGACAGUGUGAUAGGAAUGGAGACAGAAAGUAUAAGAAGCAAAAUUAUGGAAAAAGAAACUACUGAACAAAGAAAGGAACGAGAAAAAAAGAAAAGAUCUAGAGUUAAACAGGUGCUUUCUGAUAUAGCAAAGCAAGUUGACUUCUGGUUUGGCGAUGUUAAUCUUCACAAAGACAAAUUUCUCCGAGAACAAAUAGAAAAAUCUAGAGAUGGAUAUGUUGACAUAUCGCUUCUGGUUUCUUUUAACAAAAUGAAAAAAUUAACCACUGAUAGAAAAUUGAUAGCACGAGCGGUUAAAAGUUCAUCUGUUGUAGAAUUGGAUUUAGAAGGAACUAGGAUCAGAAGGCGGCAACCUUUGGGUGAGCAACCAAAAGAUGUGGAUAGUCGUACAGUAUACGUGGAAUUGCUUCCUAAAAAUGUCAGCCACAGUUGGAUUGAACGGGUAUUUGGAAAAUGUGGCAAUGUAGUUUAUGUCAGCAUUCCUCGCUAUAAGACCUCCAAAGACCCCAAAGGAUUUGCGUUUGUGGAAUUUGAAACAAAAGAACAAGCAGAAAAAGCUAUUGAGUUCUUGAAUAACCCACCAGAAGAUGCACCAAGAAAACCUGGUAUGUUUCCUAAAACAGUAAAAAACAAAGCUGUUCCCACAUUGCCUACAAGUGAUUCUGCUGUAGUUGAAGAAAAGAAGAAGAAGAAAAAGAAAAAAUCUAAAACAAAAAAGGAAAACAGCCAGCAAACAAAUACUGGAGCAAAAGACUUAUAUAUGGCUAUUUCUGCAGAAUGCACAAAAAGUCACAGGACAAUAUCAGAAAGUUCUGAAACAGAAUUGUCAGAAAUCCAACGACACUCCUCUAAGAAAGAAAAAAAGAAACUUGAUAAAACACAAAACUCAGGAUUAGGAGAAACUAGAUCAGGAAAGAGGAAGCGGAGUCGCUCUGGUGAUGGAGAGAUGUCAGUUGUAAAAGUGAAGAAAAUUUCUCAGAAAGAUAAUGUUCAUUCUACAAAGGAGGAAUCAGCAGAAGGCCUGGAGGAUUCCAAAGAAAUUUCUACUGAAGAAGAGAGAGAGAUUGGUGAUAAGAAAGAAACCUCUCUUUCAAAGUCUAAAAGAAAACACAAGAAGAAACAUAAAGAGAGACAUAAGAUGGGAGAAGAAGUUAUUCCACUGAGAGUUCUCUCAAAGAAUGAGUGGAUGCAGCUGAAGCAAGAGUAUUUGACCCUACAGAAAGCAAGCAUGUCAUCUCUGAAAAAAGCAAUGACCAAAACAAACACUGUGACUUUUGGAGCAAUGGAAACAGAUGUCUGUACACCAGAUGACUCUGCAACAAGAAAUGGCAAAUCUGUCAGCAAUGAUGGUUUAGCUCCUGCUGAGAAGAUUCAUACAAUGGGACCCCAGUUUGAGAGUGGGGUGAUUGUGAAAAUCCUUAGUACUGACCCACUGCCAGGCAGGAAGCACAUCAAGGACCUGCUAACAACACUAGCUAAUGUUGCUUAUGUUGAUCUGCUGGAAGGAGAUACAGAAUGUCAUGUGCGGCUUAAAACACCUGGAGAUGCACAAAUUUUAAUAAACUCACAUAAAGAGCUGCAGACAAAGAACAACUGGAAAUUUGAGAUCCUUUCAGGUGAUCAUGAACAAAGAUACUGGCAGAAGAUCUUGGUGGAUCGGCAGGCUAAACUUAAUCAACCUAGAGAAAAGAAGCGGGGCACAGAAAAAGUAUGGAAUGAAAGAAAUGUUUCCAUCUGCUGUUGCUAUUCAAUGAAAUGCGAUUAUGGCCAUUGGGAAAAAAGUUGCCAUUAUUCAAGUAUAUUAAGCAUUGUUUUCCAUGAACACAAUGAUUUAAAGGGAAAGCUUCUGAAAUCAUUUGAUAGCAAAAGCUGAAAAAAUGAGACUGGCAAAGACUCAAGAGAUAAGCAAGCAUAUCCGUUUCUCUGAGGAUGAGUAAAUUUAUGACUUACAUGAAAUAUUAUAAAGAGAGAAAAUAAAUGUAUGAUAAAGUAUCUGAUUGUUUCAUAAUGCAGUCAGACAAAUGAAAUUGUGCUGAAUUUGAUAGAAUGGAAUACUACUUGAGCCUCUUUGGAAAGAAUGCAUUGAACAAACUCUUGUAUGUAUUUUUGCACAAAUAUUUAGCACACUGAAUUUUUAUAAACUGUUGUAAGAAUGCAAUAAAAAAUUGAAAUAAUAUUUGUUUCCUAAAAUAAAUUGGAAUGAGAGACCCUAAAAUUCAUCCUAAAGGACUGUUAAAAAUGGAAUAUUUUCUUGCUUUCUGAUGUGGGAGAAGAGAAGAAAUUAAAUAUUUUAUGUAACAAGUUAUGCAGGUUUGCCUGGGUAGUCCACUAAAGAAAACUUGACCUAUAGAUGGAAUCAAAAUUAAGUUGUACACCAGCAGUCUCAUUCCAUCUGCAGUAUCAAAGUUACUUGCAAUUAAGAAGCAUGGAUUUAGCACCAUAUUUUCUGCCUGUAACCCAAAAUAGUUCUUCCAUUUUUGGUAUGGAAUAAAGGAGCCUGUGAACCUUCAUUUCAUAAUAGGCAAAGCAUUGUUAGUAGUUCUUACAGCCCCUAUUAGCCAGCUUUCAUAAAUUUUCCCCCAGUCUUCUGGAGCAGUUUUUUUGCAAUCACAAGAAAUACACAAAAGAGAAUUUGCAUAAAAGAGCAUUCCAUCCUCUUUCUUGUGGACAAGCAGGAAAAUCUUUUUUCUGGAUCCAACCCAUAGUUUUAGAAGUAUACUUUUACUUUUCCAGUGGCAUAGCCAUAUACUUAAAUGCUACCUAUGACAGGAUAGUUUAUAGAAUAUGAAUGAUGUAAUCAGCAUUAUUUCUUCUGGCCUUCAUUAAAUAUUUUCAAACUCACUAAAACAAGACUAGUACUUUGCCAGAUUGCAUGGCCCCAUCUUGAUGGACUCAGUCAGGAUGGCUUGGGUCUCACCUUUCCUGUUUAUUUUUAUCUGGUAUGACAUUAACUUCUUAAGAAUCUAUUAGAAUGGUAUACACAAUCCACUUUCCCUUAAGCUCUCAGAGAGAGAAGGAUACAGAUGUUACAUUAUAUGAUGCCUCCAUGUAAGGUUUUAUGUAAUUUCACCCCUCUCCUUAGUGGUUGGAAAUUCUGUAUUUUUACACACUAAUGUCCUGUAUGGUAUUUUCAUUUAACUUCAUAAGACUCCUGCAAGUUCUUGUGAUGCUUCAAACAAAACCCCCCAAAAGCUCUUUCUUGUUUUAAGUUUUAUAUGUGUUUUCUGUCAGAACAAUAAGAAGGGAAGAUAAGUUCUAGUAAUCCUGUGCUGAUCUAAGACAAAUAUAUGUAAAAUAAUUCAGAAAACAUUUUAGUUUUUCAACCAUUGACAUUCUGACAUUAUCAGCAACACAAGCAAUCAUAUAAGUAGCUCCAUGUGUUUUAAAAGUUCAAGUAGCUCACUAUCAGCACUAGCUAAUUCUGGAAAAUUUAGUUGUUAAACUCUACAUGUUCCAAAGCUAUCAAUAGACAAGUUCCUCCAUUUACUAAAGGGGGAGCAGGGAACACAGAGUGAGAAAAUGUC